UCCAGCCCAUUUCUCCCACCGUCUGAAGCUGGAAGUUCAUGAGACAGCAGGAGAAGGAGUGGCUGUGGGCGCCGCAUCUCUACCCCACUGCAGUUUUCAGUGGACUAAUUACUUUUCAAUGGCACUGAAUCACCGUUGAUCACUCUGAAGCUUUAUAGUUGUUGCGGGCUGUCAGUCUUCAACCAGGAGUGAGCACAGCAAGAGAAAUCGCACCAUCGGGCCGCGGGGUAUUGGCUGAAAUCAGAAAACAUGGGCACCGUUCUCUCUUUAUCUCCCGGAUCUGGGAAGGGAGGAAUCGCGGAGGAGAAAUCGGACUCAAUGGGGGGUUAUUCGGCAAUCCCAAACAGUAAAAACGGCAAAACGGAGAAGAGCCUAAAGAGACAUUCCGUGAUCAUUUCGGCACUCACCUGGAAGAGACUGGUGGCUGCGUCAGCUAAGAAGAAAAACGCUAAAAAGAUCAACCCCAACCCCCCUGCGUCGCAGGCCAACAACAACCCUGUGGAGCAUCUGAAUAACGAGAAUUUGAAAAAGUCUCAACAGCAACCCAGUUCGGAUCGAAAAGUGUCUCACCGGGAACAGAAGUCCGUUCCACUAGCUGUUCCAGUGCCCACCGUUCCUAACCAGAGCCUCCAUCCGAACCAGACCCAGAACAUUACGCAGAAUGGCAAGCAGCUCAUUUCCGUGCCGAAACAGGCAAGCAACCGGUCUCUGUGCUCCCCGAGACGAGUGAUCGUGCAGGCAUCCACCGGGGAGCUGCUGCGCUGCCUGGGAGAGUUCAUGUGCAGGAGAUGCUUCAGGCUGAAGGAACUGAGCCCCAACGAGAUCAUCCUGUGGUUCAGAAACGUGGACCGUUCGCUGCUCCUCCAAGGAUGGCAGGACCAGGGCUUCAUUACACCUGCUAACCUGGUAUUCGUUUACCUGCUGUGCAGAGAAGCUGUAAGCGACGAAAUCAACAGCGAAUACGAACUUCAAGCGGUCUUCCUCACCUGUCUGUACCUGGCCUAUUCCUAUAUGGGGAACGAAAUUUCGUAUCCUCUGAAACCAUUUCUAGUGGAGACCAACAAGGAGGUCUUCUGGGAAAGGUGCCUGCGGAUCAUUGAUAAAAUGAGUGCCAAAAUGCUACAGAUUAAUUCCGAUCCACACUUCUUUACUCAGGUAUUCCAGGACCUGAAAACCGAAGGAGAAAGCAGAGAAUCAAAUGGACACUGGACUAUCAAUCUUGACCGUUAAGAAGGCGUUCUGAAAUGAUGGACAUCUAGGAUCAAUAUAUCCGCAGCAGCACCCUGAAUAAAUGGGGCUAAUUUAGGGGCUUGGGGAAAAAGUGGAAUGGAAAGGUGGUGUGCACUAGAGCCUUUGGAUCAAAAUAGAUUGAGGUAUCCCUUUUUCUGAUAAGAGGCGUUUCUUUGUUGUAUAUCACUGUAAAUUAAAUACCCGUAAUGAUACUGUGAAUCACAGUACGUUGGGAGCUUUUUCGGGGAAUGGGGUGUAAAACAAAUGCAUGCCUACUGUUUAUCCUAAAUGUUCUUUCAACGUGGCUUUAAAAUGGGUGAUAUUAAAGAGCUGCAGUCAAGCAAUCAAAAUUGUUAGCUAGUCUCUUGAUGUUUAGGUUAUAUAUUUGUAUAUUUAUUUCAUUUUUUUGGGAAAAGGGACUACAGAGAAGCAGUGUUACUGUUUUGGAUUCGACGUGGAGCUGUCCAAGGUGCUGGCCUUUCUCGGAUUUAUAUUGCACAUUAUUAAUAUUAAACCUCAUACUGUCUAUUUGAAUGUACAAUUUCACAAGAAAAUGUUACUAUACCGUCAAAAUGUGCCAAUAUUGUUGAAAUGUAUAAAACGUAUUGUUUUAUAUUGUAUAUUUAAACAAAACAUUAUAAAUGAACGAUAUCCAGUUAAAUGGGUGUUAUGGCUCUUUUCAUUGGAAUGUGUUCAUUGGAUAAUGUCCAAAACUACACUCCCAUUAUAUGGUUGUGUCUGCUGGCACAGUCAGAGCUUACUAAAUCUAACAACUGCAUUUCAUUCCUUGUCAUUGUCUACUACUUCCUAAUGGCAAAUUUGGCCGGACUCUUCAGAAAAUAAUGAAGUGCAAUAAUUCCAAAAAGCUCAAUAAUUAAUUGCUUCAGUCUUGGAUGAUCUCUUGUGUUCGUACGUGAGGUGGUACUAUAUAUUACAAGUGACAGGUUGAGAUCAUUAUAAAAAGGAGCAUUUGUCGCAAUAUUUGAUUCACAACAUGCUAAGGAAGGUUAAAAAUAAGAGAGCUUUUUUUAUUUUGUAUGGCGCCUUUCAGAAUGGAUAUGACCCCAAAUUAAUUUACACCAUAUAGAGGUCAAUUUUACACAAAUUUGGCCUUUUUUAUUUUUGCUCUAAGAUAAAAUGACGCUGAGAAAUGUGACUUGAUAAGUAUUACAUGGGGAUUCAGUAAGAAUCCGUGACCUAACAUGCUUCAGACCAACUUUCUAGUUAUUAGGCCACACUACCUGGGAGUCCAUUUAUCCCUAAACAGCCACUAUUUUCUAAAAGGUGUCUUUGUGACUGCCAAAAAAGCAAUUUGGUUUAAUUAGACACUUAAUUAUGACCUUACAUUUUAUCAAUUAUAUUAAGGAGCA